AUGGAUUCAACGAAAGACCAGAAGAAUAAUGUGGAGCGACUCGCACGGGUGCGUGAGAAUCAGCGCAAGAGUCGAGCGCGGAAGCAGGAGUACGUGAAUGAGUUAGAGCAGCGUUUAGCUGUGUGUAAAGAACAAGCCCAACAAAAAGACAUCGAACACCGACUGGCAACACAAAAGGUCGAAGCUGAAAAUCGGCACUUGAAAGCUCUUCUUGGAUCAAUGGGAGUUGCGAGUGCUUCUAUCCAGCAGUAUCUGCAAGAAGCGGACACGGGAGAGAAUACCAACCGGAAGGUUGCUAUCCCUGCUAUUCAACGAGUAGAGGGAGAUAGUCCCCUAUCCCUGUCACGUCGGGAUACUCGCAGAUCAAAUUUGUCAAUGACAGUACCUCGCGUCUGCAAAGAGGAAUCAAACAUAACUGAACUGCCAACAGCGAUCAAAAGUACAUGUGCUUCGACAACGGUGCAACCGACAGAUCAGCCAUCGAUGCAAACUACACAAGAAGAAGAUCCGGCUUUGUGUGGAUGUCGGUCCGAUAGACAGAAUCCGGAGACGGUAUCUGAUGAAGAUUUGCUCAAUUCGACGCUGUGUGCCAUUGCAGAAGAAAUGAUCAGCCAAUACAACACCAAAGGACUCGACGUUGAUGAGAUUCGACGAAGAAUUUGGUCCGGGUUCCGAGCAGGUGUAAAUGGCACUGGUUGCAGAGUUCAAAAUCACAUUCUGUUUCAAGUGCUAGACGAUAUCAGCAGUGAUGUUUGA